AUGCACGAAAUCGAUUCCGGGGACCUCGCGUCUGACCACGAGGUUGAAAUGUUUCCAAAAAGAUCCGACGUAAAUGUCCCUCAGCACCGAUACCCCCACUGUCUCGUCUGGUGUCCCCUGCCAAUCAUCAGUUGGAUCUUUCCUCCGAUUGGUCACGUAGGAAUAGCCGACUCCAAAGGCGUAAUCUAUGACUUUGCAGGGCCUUACUAUAUCGGGGAGGAUAGUAUGGCUUUUGGUUGGACGACCAAGUACUACCAAAUUGACCUCGGUCUGAUAGGUGAUGCAGAUACGUGGGAUCGCGGUGUGUGGGAGGCAAACGCCGAAUACAAGCACAGAGUGCACAAUCUCUGUUGUGACAACUGCCAUAGCCAUGUUGCUCGCGCCUUCAACUCUAUGCACUAUAAGGGCAAAUCAAACUGGAACAUGUACAGUGUCGGAUGGUUAAUUUUUAUAUACGGCAGAUACACGGGGUAA